CGGGUGGACGAAGACUCGCAGGUCACAGGUCGCCGGUACCCAGUCGGUCGCCAACCGCCCGGGAACAUGGAGGCCGCGCGAUCGGUGGGGCCGUUGGUGGUGGUGGGAGGCGGCAUUGCCGGCGUCACGUGUGCCGAGCAGCUGGCUGUUACCUUUCCUGAAGAAGACAUUCUCCUGGUAACAGCCUCUCCUGUUAUCAAAGCAGUUACAAACUUCAAGCAGGUCUCUAAAGUAUUGGAAGAAUUUGAUGUUGAAGAACAGCCAAGUACCGUGUUGGAAAAUCGCUUUCCCAACAUUAAGGUCAUAGAGUCGGGAGUAAGACAGCUGAAGAGUGAAGAACAUUGUAUCGUCACAGAAGACGGCCGUCAGCAUGUAUAUAAGAAACUCUGUCUGUGUGCUGGAGCUAAGCCAAAGUUGAUCUGUGAGGGAAAUCCAUACGUGUUAGGAAUCCGUGAUACUGACAGUGCUCAGGAAUUUCAGAAACAGCUUAGAAAAGCCAAGAGGAUAAUGAUCGUCGGGAAUGGUGGCAUUGCACUUGAGCUGGUGUAUGAAAUUGAAGGCUGUGAAGUGAUUUGGGCCAUAAAGGAUAAAGCCAUUGGGAAUACUUUCUUUGACGCAGGUGCAGCAGAGUUUUUGAUUUCAAAGCUCAUGUCUGAAAAAUCAGAGGCUAAAAUUGCUCAUAGAAGAACCAUAUACACCGUUGAAGGUAAGUGCAAUAUCUGGCUUGUUUCAUUCAUGGAUGAAACUAAGAGGCGUGCUGGCCACACCACAGUGAAAACCUGUAGAAUUUCGUGGGUUUCCAGAUUGCCUCUCAACUUGCCACAUCAUGCUUGGCCUUUCAAGUGCUGGGUGGAUUCUGCUCACCUUUGCACACAGACUCUGAGAGGCGUAUUUGGGGGCAUCAGCAUGCUGUACUUAUACUACGAUAUCCAUGUCUCAGCAGGCACUGUCUGGAUUGUGCUGACCAAUAUUCAUUUUGUCCAGUUUUCACACAGUAUUCACAUUGAAACCAAAUGUGAAGUCAAGAAAAUCUACCUUCAAGAAGAGUUUAAGAUUAUGAAGAAAAAGCCCUUGACUUUUCCAAAGGAUCAGCAUAAGUCAGUUACAGUUGAUAAAGAAGUGUGGCCUGUGUAUGUGGAACUAACCAAUGGGAAGAUCUACGGCUGUGAUUUCCUUGUCAGUGCUACAGGAGUCACGCCAAAUGUACACCCUUUCCUCCACGGAAACAAUUUUGAUCUAGGAGAAGAUGGCGGCCUGAAAGUGGAUGACCAGAUGCGCACAUCACUUCCUGACAUCUAUGCUGCUGGAGACAUCUGUACUGCAUGCUGGCAGCCGAGCCCAGUCUGGCAGCAGAUGAGACUAUGGACCCAGGCACGGCAGAUGGGCUGGUAUGCAGCCAAGUGCAUGGCUGCAGCUGGUUUGGGACAGUCUAGCGACAUGGAUUUCAGCUUUGAACUGUUUGCUCAUGUCACAAAAUUCUUUAACUAUAAGGUUGUGCUGCUGGGAAAAUACAAUGCACAAGGCCUAGGCCCAGAUCAUGAGUUAAUGCUGCGGUGCACCAGAGGACAAGAGUAUGUCAAAGUCGUCAUGCAGAAUGGACGCAUGAUGGGAGCUGUCUUAAUUGGUGAAACUGAUUUAGAGGAAACAUUUGAAAAUUUAAUUUUAAACCAGAUGGACCUUUCAUCAUACGGAGAGGAUCUCCUAGAUCCAGAUAUCGACAUAGAGGAUUAUUUUGAUUGACAUUAGAAUUUCUUCAGGAAUAGUAAGUUCAAAAUAAGGAGAAAAGAAACAAAUUGGAAAAACUAACGCCUGCACCAAGUGAAUGGCUCCACAAAUCAAGAAUGCAGAAGCUAGAUUCCUGGUUGGAAGGAGUCACGAACUUUCACAGUGAACUCAGUUUAAUGACUAAUUAGCAGGUGAACAUUCCUGAUACAGAAUUGACAAUAAACCUUGAUUCA